AAAGACGCAGCGAUGAUGCAGAUAGACAUGCAGGCAGGGGAGAAAUCUGGGAAUUAAAACAAUGCGAGGAAGUCAAACUGAACACGGGAACACAAACUGAGGAAAGGUUAUGUUGAGCUAGACAGACACAGCUGUAGAAUGGUAGCAAUUUAGACAAAACCUCAUCACCAGCGAGCAGCAAACUGGAAUUUUGUAUAUAUAAAACAGUCUGGUUUUAGACGGCAAUAAGGAACUUCUCUCGCCCCCUGAUGCCCGCUCCGCACCCCCUUAAAACGUGUUGAGCAGACUGCGGAUUAAAAAAAAAAAAAAAAAAAAAAGAAGCCGGUGGAUCAACUUCCGCUAGAAAAGUUUGAACAGCAGAGCGCGGAGCCAGGGCAGAGCGUCUUGGGAACUGGGUCUCUCUGGAUGGACACGGCGGGCACAAAGAGGACUAACUCCGGACUGAAGCCACUACCGGGCGGCUUGCUGCUCUGGGUCUUUGUAGGGGGUUGUCUGGCGGAGUGUGAUGUGUGCAGCAGGUACUGUUGCGAGGGCUCUCCUCCCUUCUGCUGCUCCUACUAUGCUUACAUCGGCAACGUCCUCUCGGGCACUGCCAUCGCAGGGAUCGUGUUUGGCAUCGUGUUCCUGAUGGGAGUGAUCGCGGGUGUGGCCAUCUGUAUCUGCAUGUGCAUGAAGAGUGGGCGGAGCUCCCGCGUGGGCGUCUUCAGGACAGCUCACAUCAGCACCAUCGGGGGCUAUCCGGCGGCACCCCCUCCUUACAACUAUGAGUUCGAGAUGGAUUACCAUGCCGACCUGCCACCUCCCUACACCCCCACUCCUCCCAGGACUGUCCCCUACUCUCCCCCUCCACCCUACCCAGGAUACUCAAGGAAAUAGACCCCCUCCCCAGCUGUACACCUCUCGCACUGUACGCUGAAGAGGACUACCAGAAGACAGCACAUCCCCAUGGUGGGUCGAACUGAGCACUGAGAAAUCAUACCUGGGCCUCGUGAGGGGCAAGCAGACAGCUUAAAGACUAGUCUAUUCCACAUAUUGGAAGGCAUUUCAAAUGUAAAUCAAUGCGUAAUUAGUGAGUUUCCAUUAUGAAUGUAUUGACCUAUCAUAAACCCUAUUACUGCUAAGAGAUGUGUUUGGUUACGGGUGUGGCAUUAAGAAUGAGCUUCUUUUGUAGGUAGUUCUGUCACCAGCAAUUUUGGGAAUGUGGAAAAUGCAGAUGUCAGAUGAAGAUACUUAGUAAGACCGAGCUAGGGAUAUGUCCGUUUCACAGAAGUCAGAGGGAGGUAAAGACUUGACAUGUUUAAUUUAAUUUUAGAAUGGCAUAAUAAUGUGCAUUCUAGCCACAGUGCAACCCCCUGCAGUAAGGAGCAGUGAAUGGAUUUGCAUAUGUAUUGCUCCUUGAAGUAAUAUGCCUGAAGCUGAAGCCCCAGAAACAAGGAAUUGAUGUGGAAUUGAUUACUUAACAAAUAAAGUAGUAGACAUGUAGUUAAUCAUAUGACCACUUUUUAUCCAUACACACCUUGAAAGUUUUAGAUCAGCACGGUUAUUUCUGAGGUCUCAAGUUGCUCUUGCACAGUUCUGUGUGGAAAACAUCAGUGUUGGAAGAAUUAGUGUUCUAAUAUUCUGUAUAUAAUCACGUGCACAUUAUGUCAAAAAAAGAUUCAAUACAUUUAUAAUGCUGCAGCAAAACAGCAGUUUUGUGCAUCGAAGUUGUUCAAAACAGUUUUGUGUAAGCAGUUUUGAUUAGCAACAAUUCACUGAAUGUUUUGGGUUUUGUUAUUUAAUAUUAAUGCUGGAUUGACACGUUGUAUAAAAUGUUUACUUGAUCUGGUGUUUCAACACAAUUGCAAAAUAAUGUAUUGUUUUAGUAGGAAUCUUGUUUCUGAAGUUCAGGGGCACAAGGAAAGAACAAAAACAUAUUCAGAGUGAUAUUCAUGCUGAUGAACACUGCUAUAGAAUAUGGCAUGUAUACAAUAACAUGGGAACCGUACUGUAUUGUUUUAUAAUUAUUAUUGCUAAAACACUGAAAAAUGUGAUGCACGUGGUUUGCACUGACUGUGUAUUGGCUAUUGACUUUGAGGUUAGGUAAUAAUCUGGCUUUAGUCUGAGCAAUUUGCUGUAAACUAAGUAAUGAAGAUGUCUCCUGCUCUAAAAUAUUCAGAUAGAUUGCAGUGGGCUACAUAAUUUUGAUUUUUUUUUUGUUUGUUUUGUUUUUAGGCUUUAAUAUAAUAAUCCUUUGCUUUGAAAACUAUGCAAGAGAAAUGUUCUGUGAAUGGUAAAAACUGUAAUUGGCUAAAAAGAGAUGUGUGAUCUAUGGACUAAAGAUGGACAGUUCUGCUGAAUGAAUGAAUGCAAAAUGUUCAUCAUAAUAUUCCCGCAUUUUUGUUGCCAUACAAUCAUAAGACCCUCCGCAGCAGUCUUGGCUCACGCUGAAGGAUUGCCUGAGCUUGACUGUCUCUGUGGCAGAGUUGCCGUUCUUAUCUGCGUUCUUCCCAGAAAGGCAUCUAUAGAAGUUAACCUUCUGUCAUGAACACAGGAUUGAUAACUAUGUGUAGAGAGAGAGAGGGAGAAAGCAAAGCCUUAAUUUCUGUUGAACCAGCUUGUGUUGUUUCUAAGCAGCAUGAUGGAGAAUGUCUUGAGUCUUGGUUUUGUUUAAAGAUCGAUGGGACUGCAGAUGUUUUACAGCUAUGAUUUGAAUACCCAGAUUUUUAUUAUUAUUAUUAUUGUCUCAUAACAUACCAGAUUAGAUAACAGAAAUGACCUUUGUAAUUGUUUUAACAGUUGAAAAUAUUUGAAGGACUGAAAGUUUAGAAUGUACAUUGAGAAUAUAUUCAGCAGACCAAAGUGAUUUGAUUGUUGUACCUGAGAUAAGCACAAAUGCUGAAUCAAUAAAAUCAAAUAAAAAUGUG